AUGCUCACCAAAUCUAAUGCGCGCAGUGGUUCUAUCUACUUCACCGGCCAUACGGUCGAUAGCCUGCUCUUCCAGAACCCAGAUCUCUACCACGACCUAUAUGUUUUCAAAUGCGUCACUACGGUCGUCUUCACAGCGGAUAGCGGUGGUGAAGUAGCCAACAAUACUCGGGUGCAGGAGAUGGAGCGCGGUCUCGAAGAUGCCUACAGUUUCAUGUCCGACGUGGCUUCUGUUAGGCCGGAUGGCACGCAGUCCAUCUCUUCUUCGAACGAGGAAGCGCCACGUAAGGCGCCACAAGAGACCCUCAUACUGCACAACGAGACUAACCAGUAUACCACAGUUGCCAAUGAGACCACGGUCCAGAUCGGCAAACACACUAUCGUCUCUUCUUCACUACUCGGCCUAUCGAACGCACAGAUUCUCUACCUUCGUCUCCCGGACAGUACAUACUUCGGGGAAGGGUACAAGGCGUACAGCGAGGAGUCGCUCAAGAAGUUGUACAGCGCAGACAUAUCGGAGAUUACCACUACCGACGGCAAGGCCGCGUACACGAUCGACGAUCUGAAGGACAUCAUCGCGACCAUUCUUCGCGAUCGCCGAGCCAACCAAAUUCGCGUGAUGAACUACCAGUCGGCUCUUUCCACUGACAACGAUGACGAUCAGCUCGAUCAUGCUGACCGAAUCGUCUCUGCUAAGCUUGUGAUGGAUGUCGUGGAAGAGGAGGAGAUCGGUGGGAAUGUCACGGCAUAUGCAUGCGACUCAUUGCGUAUCCUGUCAACUAACAACCUCGAAACCCCGGACUACAUUAAGAAGGUCGAUGCAUUCUUCGAGUACGCUAAGCGUGAUCCCGACAUGUGCCAGAGUCUCGACGAGUGUGGUCAGCGGCGCCAGAACAUCAAAGAUCCCUCCAAGGUCAAGUACAACGAGGUAGAUCACGUCGCCAACUUCCUGAAGCGGGAGUACUACAUCCGAAUAGACACCGAUGUCUGA